CCGUCAUCGUGCAGUGCUCAGUGUCAUUCGUCUGGUUUUAUCAAUUCCAGCAGCCUCGACUUGUUGUCCAAGCGUACCAGCAACCAGUCAUGAACACUUCAAUCCGUAUUUUGCUGGUGCUCUUUUUAGUCUAUUCAAUGGUAUUCACGUUCGUUGCAGGAAGCGUUCCUUUCGAACGAGCCAUAGGAGUCUGUAUCCGAAAUUGCGCUCAAUGCAAGAAAAUGUUCGGCCCGUACUUCCUUGGACAGAAGUGUGCCGAUUCUUGUUUCAAGAACAAAGGAAAACUCAUUCCUGACUGCGAGGAUGAGGAUUCGAUCCAACCAUUCCUCCAAGCGCUUGAUAGCGAAUAUUAGAAAAUUAAAAUCGACUUGAAGUUCCUCGCUAUUUAAUAAUUAUUCACGCUAAGUGUAUACCAAAACUAGUAUGUCGUCUGAAUUUGCAAAUAGAAUAUACGAACAUAAUAUAUCUCUCUGUUAAGUAAUGUCGAAUUUUUCUUUUCGUUUUUUUUUUUGUAAUUUUUUGAUCUU